CGUUGCCCAAUUGGUAAGACAACACCUACCUAGGCUAAAUUUGUUCAAAAUAUGCCCGAAACUGAUUUCAACCGUCAAUUUUGCAUGUACUAGCAAGUUGCAAAUGAUGGCUUUUUCUCGUCUCCUUCUCUAAGCCCGCCACGUCCCCAUCGGCGUGUCGCCAUCUCCCCAUCUCCCUUCUCAAUGGGUCUUCAGUUCUCCGCUGCUUCGAAAUCUGAGAUUGACACCGCCCAUCGAUCGGCGGACGGCAGAGAUGAAGGCAGAGAGCUUGCUGGUGUCGACGGCGAUCAACAUAGGUUUGGCCCUCUUCGUCAUCUCCCUCUUCUCCCUACUCAAGACCCGCACUUUCUGCGCCCCCAUUUAUUACCCUCGCCGCCUCUCCCUCCAGCCGCCGCCGCCCCAUUCUGCUGCUCCCCUUGCCCGAUGCCCCCCGUCUGGCCUGAGCUGGAUUCGCCGCGCCGUCUCUGUUUCCGAUGACCGGAUUCUUGAAACCCACGGCCUUGACGUCCUCGUCUUCGUCAGGAUUAAAUUCUUUGUGGGAUGUUCUUUAGUCGGUGUGUUAGUUCUUCUCCCCUUGAAUUAUUUUGGAAGCAAUGAGGAAUCUAAGAGCUAUCAUUCCACCGAUUCGUUUACAAUAUCAAAUAUAAGUAGUGGCUCUAACUGGCUUUGGGUGCAUUUUUCAGUCCUUUGUUUUGUUUCUUGCUAUGGAUUAUACUUGCUAUACAAGGUAACUUUUUGGUGAUUGCAGGUUUUGGGGAUUAAUUCUUUCUCAUUUGGCUUUAUACUCUGUGGACUGUGGUUAUUAUUGAUUCUCUUGAUUGUGCCUUUUUGCCAUUUCUGCCCAUCAUUUACAGAUAUGCAAGUGGAGUACGCCAUUAUAUAUAUUGCAUGCCGUUUUUUGCCAACUUCAAUCAUAUUGUUAUAAUUUAAGACAAGCAAUAAAGAAAACUUCUGAUUUAGU